GGCCGCGCGGGGCCGGGCCCGGGGCCGCUGACAGCCGCCGCCGCGCCAUGUACGCCAAGGGCAAGGGCUCCGGCGUGCCCUCGGACGGCCAGGCCCGCGAGAAGCUGGCGCUCUACGUCUACGAGUACCUGCUGCACGUGGGGGCCCAGAAAUCCGCCCAGACCUUCUUGUCGGAGAUCCGAUGGGAGAAGAACAUCACGCUGGGGGAGCCCCCCGGCUUCCUGCACUCCUGGUGGUGCGUCUUCUGGGAUCUGUACUGCGCCGCUCCGGACCGCCGCGAGACCUGCGAGCAUUCCAGCGAGGCCAAAGCCUUCCAUGACUACAGCGCGGCGGCAGCGCCCAGCCCGGUGAUGGGGAACCUGCCCCCCGGGGAUGGCAUGGCCGGGGGUCCCGUGCCCCCCGCCUUCUUCCAGGCUCCUGCGGGUGCCCCCCCUCUGCCCCCCACCCCCGGGGUGCCCCUGCUGGGCCCGCACAGCCAGCCUUUCAUGUCCCCCCGCUACCCCGGCGGCCCCCGGCCCCCGCUCCGGAUGCCCAACCAGCCCCCCGUGGGUGUUCCUGGCUCCCAGCCGCUGUUGCCCAACGCCAUGGACCCGGCUGCGCGCUCACAGGGGCAUCCUGGCAUGGGGGGCCCGAUGCAGCGCAUGAACCCCCCCCGAGGCAUGGCCGGGAUGGGGCCACAGAGCUACGGCAGCGGGAUGCGCCCCCCCCCCAGCUCGCUGGCCGGCCCUGGAAUGCCCACCAUGAACAUGGGUCCCGGUGGCCGCGGGCCCUGGCCCAACCCCAACGCCAACUCCAUCGCCUACUCCUCCUCAUCCCCUGGGAAUUACGUGGGCCCUCCUGGGGGCGGUGGCCCCCCCGGCACCCCCAUCCUGCCCAGCCCCGGAGACUCCACCAACUCCAGUGAGAACAUGUACACCAUGAUGAACCCCAUCGGACCCGCGGGGAACCGGCCCAACUUCCCGAUGGGGCCCGGACCCGAGGGGCCCAUGGGCGGGAUGAGCGCGAUGGAGCCGCACCACAUGAACGGAUCCUUAGGCUCCGGGGACAUGGAUGGGCUGCCAAAGAGCUCCCCCAGUAAUUUGGGGGCCCUGAGCAACCCCCCCGGGACCCCUCGGGACGACGCCGAGCUGAGCAGCAAUUUCCUAAAUCCCUUCCAAAGCGACAGCUACUCGCCCAGCAUGACAAUGAGCGUGUGAGCCCCGCGCCGAGGCCGCCGACAGCCAGACGCCCUCACCCACCACCGAAAAAAAAAAAAAAAAAAAAAAACCAUAAAAAAAAAUAAUUCAUUAAUUUUAAUGAUCAGCCCCCCCCCCAGCCCCGCCCCGUCACGCCCAACCUCCCCCCCUCCCCACUCCACACACACAUUUUCAGCGCCCCCCGCCCCGUUCCGCCCUCUCCUCCUUUUUUUUUUUUUUUUUUUUUGUUGUUGUUGUCGUUGUUUUUUUAAUUUUUUUUUGGUUUUUUUUUAAUCCAAACGAACACUAAAAACGAGCAGGAAAAAAAAAAACAAAACAAAACAAAACAAAAAAAAGCGCGGGAGGAAAAAAGAAAUAAUAAUGAUGAUUAGAAAUAAGUCAUGUGACUUAUUUGCUGCCCCCCCCAGAUCCCCCCCCAAUCCAGGACUGGGACAACCCCCCCCCCCAGCACUCCUUUUCCAGUCCUUCCCACCCCCCCUGAACUGGGAAUGCUCCCAGCACUGGGAUUGACCCCCCCAAACUGCUGGGACCCCAUUUAUUGCCCCCCACUCUGUACUGGGACCCCGUUUGUUGCCCCCUCCUCCAGCACUGGGGACCCCCCCCAAACAUUCCCAACCGCAGCCCCCCCCUCCGCAGGGCGGGGUCGGUGCGGGGAGGGGGGGUCUGGCACUGUGGGGGUGCUGAAGGGGCAUUUUUGGGGUGUUCUGCCCUCCCACAUGGGGCGGCACCAAGCCUGGGGAGGGGGAUUUUUGGGGGGCGUCAUGGCAUUGUGCCCCCCCCUCCCCUCCAUGGCAGGUGGUGCCAAUUCCCCCCCCCCCUCAAUUUCGAGCAUCUGGGGGGGGUUUCCCUCCCAGUUCUCCCAGUGCCCCCCCUGAGUCCUGGAGGGGGGCAGGGGGGGCAGAACCAGCACAGACCCCCCCCCCCUCCCCUAAAUCCAGGCUGUGCUGGGGGAGGGGGAAGGAGUGUGGGGGGGGCAAUCCAUGACCCCCCCAUGGUGCAGCCCCCCCCCCCCCAGUGCUGUUUAGGGCAGGUCCCAGUGCAGAGCAGCCCCCCCCAGCCCCCAGCCCCAUCUGUGUGCUCAGCCAGCACUGUGACCCCCGGCCCCCCCCCCGAGCACCAGACCGGGGCGCCCCCCCCCCCAGAACCCCCCCCCAGGGACCACUUUAAUAUGAAGGAAUUUUUUUUUUUUUUUUUUUUAGUGUGGUUUUGAUUUUUUUUUUUCUUUUUUUCGUUUGGGAUUUUUUUUUUUUCGGGUUUUUUGGUUUUUUUUUUUGUGCUGAUUUUUUUCCUCUUUUAUAACAGAAAGGACCUCAAAGCCCCUCCUUAACCACCCCCCCCCUCAAGAGCCCCCCCAAAAUGCCGCCGCACACCCAGACCCCCCCCUCCCCUGUACAGCCCCGCACCCCUCGUGUCCCCCCCGAAAAUGGGGGGGCAGCCCCCAGCCCCCAUAGGGGUGACCCCCCCCCCCAUUAGGCGUAGUCGUUCUGUGUAGGGACCCCCCUCAUUUCUAAACUUCUAGAUUUCCCCCCCUCCCUAUUGCUUAUCAAAACAAAAAUGGGGGAACAACCCUCCCCCCCAAAAAAAAAAAGAACAAAAAAAAAAAAAAAAAAAAAGAAAAAAUAUAAAAAGAGCAAAAAAAGAAAAAAAAAAAAGCCCUAAAAUGACAAAGAAAAAAAAAAAAUCCACGACCUCCCCAACACCCCCCCCCCCCGGCAUCAAUAAAUGUAAUUUGAUUUUUUUUCAGAAGGCGGCGAUAUUUGGGUCUUGCUGGGGGUGGGGGGGACCCCAAAACCAGGCGAGGGGACCCCAAAACCACAUGAAGAGGAACGAGGUGAGGGGGACCCCAAGAACCAAAUAAAGGCACCCAAAACCAGGUGAAAAAAAAA